ACGGCGAGACUGUGCAAGACCAGCAGCAUCACCCACACCUGAGGAUCUGAAGCCCCCUUCCCCCAGCUGUGAACAAGUGCUGCAGAACCAGUUGUUUGCUCAUUCUCCAGCUUGUAUCCAUGCCAAAUCCGUGAUCACCCGUCGAUAUCUGCACAAUGUUGGAAUUAACUAAACUCCUGCUACUGCUGUCUUUUCUGGCCUCAGUGGCUCUGGGUCAAGGAUUUUUAAGGACCAGGAACCCAUCAGACAGGAGCAAAAGGAUCUUCAAUACAUUUGUUGACUCACAGACAACAGGUGUGACGGAGUGGACAUCUUGGUUCAACAUCGACCAUCCUGGUGGAAAUGGGGACUACGAGCGCCUGGAAGCGAUUCGUUUCUACUACAGAGAGAGAGUUUGUGCCCGGCCUACAGCUAUGGAAGCCCGCACUACGGACUGGGUAGCAGCUGCAGACACCGGUGAAAUAGUCCACUCCAGUUUGGAGAAGGGCUUCUGGUGCAUCAACAAAGAACAACAGCACGGUCGAAUCUGUUCCAACUAUCAUGUUCGCUUUCAGUGUCCUCCAGUGCAGAGCUACUGGACUGACUGGAGUGAGUGGGGUCCCUGCUCAACCACAGUUUGUAAUGAUGUGGGAGUCCAGGUUCGGCAGAGAAAAUGUGUGAGCGCUCAGCCCAUGCCUCUUCUGUUCGUACCAGCGUGUAUAGGACAUCAUGCAGAAAGGAGGGAGUGCUCCACUCCACCAUGCACAGCCAAGUGGAGCCCCUGGGGGCCCUGGGGGAGUUGUUCAGUAACGUGUGGUGGAGGUCGCAGGACAAGGAGACGAACUUGUGUGAGGACUUCAGAGACGGUGCAGUGUGCAGGAAGACCUGCUGAGGUCCAGAAGUGUGGAAAAAGUCCAUGUCAAGCCAAAUGCCAGCUCAAGUGCGCAGAAGGCCAUCCCAGUGAGGACUGCAGCGUUUGUAUGUGUGCGGGCCAUGUGCUGUUCGGAGACAUCCAAACUGUGACUGGAGUCCCUGUGGCAGGGGCCAGUGUGGCUCUGAGCAGCCACCCCAAAGUGAUCCGCACUCUGACGGACAAGAAAGGGCAGUUCACACUCUCGGGAGUCUGCUCCUCCAGCUCGACUUUGAUUACCAUCAAUAAAGAGAAGUUUGUACCGGUUGUCGUCUCUACUUCCAGUAACACUACAGGGAUUUCCUGGCUACGGGCUGUCCUCAGAUCAGCUGAAAAGCCCUACAUCGUGAAGCACCCAGAGGACAAAGUGCGCUAUGAGGGAGGACGGGUGCUGUUGUGCUGUGCAGCUACAGGAUCACCAGCUCCUGACAAAUACUACUGGUAUCACAAUGGGACACUGCUGGAUAGGAACGUGUACAAGUAUGGAGAAGACCUUGUACUGCGAGACCUAAAGCUAGAGCAGUCUGGGGAGUACUACUGCAAAACCAGCAACCCUGUAGGCAGCAUCAAGUCAUCCCCAGCUCACCUUACUGUGAUUGCUAAAGAAUCACCAGCAUGCAACUCCUCACCUGAAAUGCACCUCGUCAGAUUACCAAUGGACUGCGUUCAACCUGGAACUCACUCCAAGUACUACAAUGCUGGUCGAUGCCCUCACAACAAAUGCCCGGGAUCCCUCGACUUUGACAUGCGCUGCAGAGAUGGUGCUGGAUUCUGCUGUGGUGUUCAGGAAAUGGAGAGUCGAAUCAUUGACUGUGGUACCUAUAAACUCCCUAUACGAGCUGUGAUACAGUGCAGUUGUCAGAAGUGCGUGCAACCCACUCUUCUGGUCCGUGGCAGGGUGGUGGCAGCUGACAAUGAUGAGCCUCUGCGUUUUGGGCAUAUUUAUAUCGGUAAAGAUAGAGUAGGCACAACCGGAUAUCAGGGGGGGUUUACAUUGCAAAUUGCUCCAGAUACACAAAGAUUGGUUGUAAAUUUUGUCGACCCUACUCAAACAUUUAUUGACACUCCAAAGGUGUUCAUUUUUGACAAGAAAGGUGGCUCCAUCUAUCAUAACGUGAAGGUCAUGAGAAAGCAGACACCAGUUGAUAUCAAUUCAAGUGAGACCAAUUUUAUUGACCUUGGGGAAAUUAAAGGGGAAGAUCCAAUCGGGCAACUGGUCAUUCCACCCCACUCCUUCCAUAAAGACAAUGGAGAAGUCUAUGAGGGGACAGUGAAAGCCAGUGUCACAUUCAUAGAUCCGAGAAACAUUACAACGGCAGCAGCAACCCCUGGUGAUCUCAACUUUGUGGAUGAAGAGGGUGACAUGCUCCCAUUAAGGACCUAUGGCAUGUUUUCAGUUGACUUCAGAGAUGACACAAGUAAGGAGGUUCUUGGAGCUGGAGCAGUCCAAGUGCUCCUUGACACGCAGCAUGUUAAAAUGCAAGAGCACAUUCCCAAAAUGAAGCUUUGGUCUUUAAACCCAGACACUGGUGUCUGGGAGGAGGAAAGUGAUUUCUCCUAUAGCACAACUACUGCUGGUGGUCAUGGACGAAGUAAGCGCGAGGAGCGCACCUUUCUAAUAGGCAACAUGGAGAUAAGAGAACGUAGGCUCUUCAAUUUAGAUGUGCCCGAAAACAGGCGCUGUUAUGUUAAAGUGCGUGCCUACAUGAGCGAUAAGUUUCUUCCUACUGAGCAACUGGAGGGAGUUGUCAUCAGUUUGAUAAACUUGGAGCCCAAACCUGGUUAUUCAUCUAAUCCCAGGGCAUGGGGUCGGUUUGACAGUGUCUUAACUGGGCCCAACGGUGCCUGCCUGCCUGCUUUUUGUGAUGCUAUGAGGCCGGAUGCUUACACCGCUUAUGUGACAGCAAUGCUAGGUGGGGAGGAGCUGGAGGCUGCUCCAUCUUCCCCCAAGAUGAAUCCAAACAUCAUUGGAGUGUCUCAACCAUAUCUAGAUAAAUUAGACUACCAGCGUUCUGAUCACGAGGACCCAGCUCUGAAGAAAACUGCAUUCAGAAUUAAUUUGGCAAAGCCUAACCAAAACAACCUCGAUGAGACCAACGGGCCGAUAUACCCGUACCAGAAUUUGUUAUCUUGUGAAAAUGCUCCUUUUGAUGCAAAUCAUUUCAGGUUUUUCAGAGUGGAAAAAGACAAGUAUGAAUACAACGUUGUUCCUUUUGAGGAGAAUGACUUGACGACCUGGACAGGAGACUACCUCUCCUGGUGGCCUAACCCCCAGGAGUUCAGAGCAUGCUUCAUCAAAGUCAAGAUUCACGGCCAGAAAGAAGUGAUGGUCCGGUCAAGGAAUCUAGGAGGAACACAUCCAGAGACGAGGGGCAAACUUUAUGGCAUUAGAGACAUUCGCAGUACUCGUGACAUGCGAGAAGCUAACACCUCAGCUGCAUGUCUUGAGUUCAAAUGUAGUGGCAUGUUAUUUGAUCAAGCAGAGGUGGACAGAUCCCUUAUAUCAGUGAUUCCACAAGGAAACUGCCGGAAGAUUGGUAUCAAUGGACUUCUACAGGAGUAUCUCAUUAAACAUCCCCCAGUUGCUCAGAACAAUGAGUCGCAUGCAUUCACCAUGUUAGCCCCUGUAGAUCCAUUAGGACACAACUAUGGCAUCUACACAGUCACAGACCAGAACCCCAGAGUUGCCAAAGAAAUUGCUAUUGGCCGUUGCUUUGAUGGCACCUCAGAUGGCUUUUCCAGAGAGAUGAAGUCAGACUUUGGUGUGGCACUGACCUUUAGUUGUCCAGAGAGAAAAAUAAACAGGGAAAGCCUCUUCCAGCGUCUGCAGACCAACCCGGGUCAAACACUGUCUCAGAUGGCAAGAGACAUGAGGGAAAUGGAAGGCCUACAGGGGCAGAGAUCAUCAACCCAGGUUGUGGCUUUUCCUGCAGAGCAGCGGGGAAGGACCCAAAGUCGGAGAGCUAGUUCUGCAAACAGAAGGAGAGCAUCCAUGCGAGCACAGCAGCGCCAAUAGAGGUGUCAAGGUUAUCUACGUUUAAUCUGACAGUAACAUUGAAAUGAUAUAUGUCUUUUUUUAUUCCUUGGACAUGAAUGGAGACUAAUUUGAAGGCCCUAAAUCUAGAGAGUAAAGAUGGUCUCAUUAAAAGUAUGACUUCUUUCAUUACAAAAGUGAAAAAGAAAACUAAGACUUUUGAGCAGAAUCUAGCAGUAUCCAUGUAUAUAAUUUGUCUUACAGUAACUUGAAGGUUUUGGUUUAUUAAUUUUGCUUUGUUUCAAUUAUAAAAGGUAAAUAUCACUUGACUA